UCAUUGCUUGACUGGAAUCUAUGAAGCAAUUUACAGAGUACCAGCCAGCAUCUUGGGAAAGUGGUACCAGCUUUGCCAGACGCUAAAACUGAAAUUCGCGGCUAUUUUAGUAAUUAGCCCCGACUCUUCCUUCCGCUACUCAAAUCCCUCGAAACUACAUCUCCCAGCAUGCUCUGAAGCUGGUCUGACUUCAUCUCAAAUGGCCCCGUAGGGCAACAAUGGUUAGUUUUGACUGUGCUUAUUUGUGCUAUAAAAUAUCGAUCCUAAUUGGCAGUUAUUUGGGCUUUUAUAUCUGCCGACCUCCGUUUUUGAACUGUAGUCACUAAAUGUAGGGGUUCUGGCCUGAGAAGGCCCAUGCAUUCCUUCAAUUGGAUGGGGAGCAGGGACAGUGUCACCGGCGAUCUCGAAACUAGGAGGGAAUGUUGACCAGGGAGCACCGCUGCGGCCGAUCAGAGGAGCAGGAACCGGAGCCCGGGCUGAGUCCGAAAAAAGCCGGAUCCGGACGGUGGCUCCGGAACGGCUGUAAGUGGAAGAUGGAGGAGCCGGAGGAACCGGCGGACGGUGGGCAGUCGCUGCCCCCGGUUUACAUUUACAGUCCCGAGUAUGUUAGCAUGUGCGACUCCCUGGCCAAAGUCCCCAAACGGGCCAGUAUGGUACAUUCCUUGAUUGAAGCAUAUGCACUGCAUAAGCAAAUGAGGAUAGUUAAGCCCAAAGUGGCCUCCAUGGAGGAGAUGGCCACUUUCCACACCGAUGCCUAUCUGCAGCAUCUCCAGGAGGUCAGCCAAGAAGGAGAUGAUGAUCAUCCAGACUCCAUAGAAUAUGGACUAGGUUAUGACUGCCCAGCCACUGAAGGAAUAUUUGACUAUGCAGCAGCUGUAGGAGGGGCUACAAUCACAGCUGCCCAGUGCCUGAUUGAUGGAAUGUGCAAAGUAGCGAUCAACUGGUCCGGAGGGUGGCAUCAUGCAAAGAAAGAUGAAGCAUCUGGUUUUUGUUAUCUCAAUGAUGCUGUCCUGGGAAUAUUACGAUUACGACGGAAAUUUGACCGUAUUCUCUAUGUGGAUUUGGAUCUGCACCACGGAGAUGGUGUAGAAGAUGCCUUCAGUUUCACCUCCAAAGUCAUGACGGUGUCCCUGCACAAAUUCUCCCCAGGAUUUUUCCCAGGAACAGGUGAUGUGUCUGAUGUCGGCCUAGGGAAGGGACGGUACUACAGUGUAAAUGUGCCCAUUCAGGAUGGCAUACAGGAUGAGAAGUAUUACCACAUCUGCGAAAGUGUACUAAAGGAGGUGUACAUAGCCUUUAAUCCCAAAGCAGUGGUCUUACAGCUGGGAGCUGAUACAAUAGCUGGGGAUCCCAUGUGCUCCUUUAACAUGACUCCAGUGGGAAUUGGCAAGUGUCUUAAGUACAUCCUUCAGUGGCAAUUGGCAACGCUCAUUUUGGGAGGAGGAGGCUAUAACCUUGCCAACACGGCUCGAUGCUGGACAUACUUGACCGGGGUCAUCCUAGGGAAAACACUAUCCUCUGAGAUCCCAGAUCAUGAGACUGCAAGCUCCUCAAGGCCAGGGAUUGUCUGCUUCAUCAUUGUCUCUCAUCUCCCCGCCCUGCAUCCUGCCUCAGAAGACAACCAUUUUUCACAGCAUAUGGUCCUGAUUAUGUGCUGGAAAUCACGCCAAGCUGCCGGCCAGACCGCAAUGAGCCCCACCGAGUCCAGCAAAUCCUCAACUACAUCAAAGGGAAUCUGAAGCAUGUGGUCUAGUUGACAAAAAGAGAUCAGGUUUCCAGAGCUGAGGAGCAGUGCCUGUAAUGAAGACAGCGUGUUUAUGCGAGCAGUGUGUGGAAUUUGUGACUGCAGGGGAAAUUUGGAAGAAUUUUACUUCCUGAAAAUUUCCAAGGGGCACCAAGUGGCAGCUGGCCUCCUGGGUUGAGGCAGGCAGGCACCCCAGAGGCCUCAACUAGACCUAGGGGAAGACAAAGAUUUCCAACACUUAAAGUGUUUAUUUUUUAAAAACACACAGAUGCCGUUUUUAAUCUUUGAAAAUUAUUUUUAAGCAAGUUGGGGAGGGGGUAUUUUUAUUUUCUUAAAGGAGACAGAUCAGAAGCUGGAGGAAAGCAUGGAGAUUUGGUUGACAGUUCGUGGGGCAGGGGGGAGCUGACAGGCAGGGUUUGGGCCUCAGGACCAUCCAGGUGGAGCCUCGGGGGGAGGGGGCUGGUCAGCAGACUGGGAGGUGGGGAGAAAUCCACCCGUGUUGUUUUCAGGAUUGCGGAUCUAUUUUGUUUUUUAA